AUGGACAGUAUCACUCAGAUCGCUUUCAAUGCCCGCCAGGCCGCCAACGUCCUCCAGACUAUCACCACCGCCCAAAAGUCCGUCUUCCUCAACCAAAUCUACUCAAAGCUCGCUCUGGCAAAGGCAGAUAUCCUGGCCGCCAACAAGGUCGACAAGGAUCUCGCAUUGAAACAAGUUGAGGCGGGCAAGCUCUCGUCCUCGCUCUAUAAACGUCUCGACCUUGAGGGUGCUGGCAAGUUCGAGACAAUGUUGCAGGGAAUCAAGGAUAUCGACGAACUCGAGGACCCCUCAGGAAAGGUCCACUCGGCAACCAAGCUGGAUAACGGUCUCGAUCUCUACAGGGUGUCCUGCCCCGUUGGUGUGUUGUUGGUCAUUUUUGAGGCGAGACCCGAGGUCGUUGUCAACAUUGCGGCUUUGGCGCUUAAGUCAGGCAACGCUGCGAUUUUGAAGGGCGGCAAGGAGAGUUUCCACACUUGCAGCGCUAUUUCCAAGGCGAUUAGAGAGGCAUUGGACGCUGCCGGCAGCGAAGGUUUGAAUCUGGCGGAUGCUGUGCAGAUUGUCGAGUCGAGACAGGAUAUUGAUGCGCUGUUGAAGCAGGACAAGUACAUCGACCUCGUUAUUCCCAGAGGCAGCAACGCCUUGGUCAAGUACAUCCAGUGGAACACUCGAAUCCCUGUUCUGGGACACGCUGACGGAUUGUGCUCGACAUACGUGGCCGAGUCGGCCAAGCUGGAUCUCGCCAAGACCGUCGUGGUCGACGCCAAAACCACAUACCCCGCCGCCUGCAACUCGACCGAGACACUCCUUGUUCACUCUUCUCACUUGAAGUCCAACUUUUUCCAGGAGCUGGCUAAGGCGUUGGUUGUCGAUAAUGGCGUAACUCUCAAGUGCGACGCGGCUUCUUUGGCUACUCUUCAAAAAGAGGGCGUCGCAGAAAUCUUCGAGGAGAACAAGGACAAGAUCCAGGCUAGUGACGACGAGGAUUAUGAUACAGAGUUCUUGGAGCUCACUCUUGCGGUCAAGACGGUCGAGUCCGCAGAGCAGGCUAUUGAGCACAUUAACGAGCACGGGUCGAAGCACACGGACGCCAUUUUAACGGAGGACGAGGCUGAAGCCAACAAGUUCAUGGCAGGCGUCGAUGCUGCUGGUGUCUACUGGAACGCGAGCACGCGUUUUGCCGACGGAUUCCGCUAUGGAUUUGGUGCGGAGGUGGGUGUGAGCACCAACAAAACUCAUGCGCGUGGUCCCGUUGGUCUGGAAGGUUUGGUGAUCUAUAAGUACCGUCUGUAUGGUCAAGGCCAGGCCACGGGCAACUAUGGGACUGGUGAGGGCAAGAAGGAGUUCUUGCACGAGCGGAUAGAGUUGAAGGGCAACGACACCAUUGCCACCCUCCGAGGAUAA